UUGAUCAUCACAGCAAGCAAUGGCCUCCACCAACAGUUGGAUCCAUGAGAUUGAGUCGUCGGUCUCUGCAUCACGCCUCUUCUGUGCCGGUGUCAUGGACUGGCACACCCUGUUCCCCAAGCUCGUGCCACAAAUCGUCAGCGCCCUCCCUGUUGAGGGAGAAGGUGGCAUCAGCAGUGUCAUGCAGUUCAACUUCACCUCAGCCAUGCCCUUCAACCUCAUGAAGGAGAGGCUCGAUUUCAUUGACGUGGACAACUGCCAGUGCAAGUCCAUCCUCAUCGAGGGUGGUGGCAUAGGCACGGCGAUUGAGACGGCCACCUCACAGAUCAAGGUGGAGCCGACAGCCAAUGGUGGGAGCAUAGUGAACGUGGAAUCGACAUACAAGCUACUGCCAGGCGUGGAGGUGAACGAUGAGAUCUCCGAGGCCAAGGACUCUGUGACGGACAUUUUCAAGGCCGCCGAGGCCUACCUUAUCGCCAACCCGGAUGCCUACAACUGAAUCAGUUGAGAGAGAUCAUAUAUGAUUAUACAUUCCCUUGUUUGAUUUUUGCGUGCUUUCUUUCCGAUCUAAUAAAGCUU